AUGUCCAAUGAUUGUGAAGAUGUUUGCAUUACAAUAGAUGGGGAGGAUGAAGAAGAAGAAGAUACUCGUUUUAAAUUAAUCCCGUUUGAGCAGAAUCUUAUGGUUGAAAAUUUUAUUAGCGAUGUUUUGUAUAUAAUGGCAAGUGGCCUCGCAUUAGAACGCCUUUUCUUUGCACAUUUGCAUUUGUACAGUGAUCAACGGCAUACUUAUUUAAUAAUUAACACUACACCUGAAGAUGAGCAUUUUUAUUUGGAGAAAUUGAAAGCCUUAAAUCCUGAUUCACCACCAAAAUUGAUUACAGCAGAUGUGCUUGCCAAAGAUCGUGUCAUCAUCUACAAAUCGGGCGGAGUUCGGUUUGUAACAUCUCGAAUUUUAAUGGUUGAUUUAUUGGCAGGACGUGUUCCCUUCGAUAAAGUUGCUGGUAUUCUCGUUUAUAGAGCUCAUGAUGUUCUUCAUGGUUUUAAAGAAUCUUUUAUUCUUCGCUUAUUUCGAGAGAAAAAGAAAGAUGGAAUUGUUAAAGCUUUUACUGACCGUCCUCUUUACAUUGUUAGUACAGGAGUAAUUGGACAGCUUCAAAGAUUAUUAAAUUUACUUUAUGUUCGAAAAGUUGUUAUAGUGCCUCGAUUUCAUGAGGAACCCAAACUUACACAAAUGUCUAUAAAAUUACAACCUUUACAACGCAAAACACAAUCAACUCUUCAUGAUAUAAUUGCAACCUGUGUUCGAGAAUUGAAACAAAGUACUAAAGGUUUUGAUCCAGAGACAUUAUCUGACACAUUAGCACCAUAUGCGACUUUAUAUUCCACUAAACUUGAAAUAGAAUUGCGUAAAAAUGAUGUUUGUUUAACUGACCGACAGCGACGUCUUCUUGAUGAUUUGAAAAUUUUAAGGAAUUUAUAUCAAAAAUUGAAUUUGGAUCCAACAAAUGCUAUGAAUUUUAUUUCUUGGUUACGAAACGAUGAAGAGACAAUCAAAAACAAUAGUGGAUGGCUUUUCACCAAAUCUGCUGCAACUCUUUUCUCGAGUAUUGACGAUUUAUGUUCUUUACAUGAUAAUGAAGGAAAUAGAACAAUUACAGAUUCGCCUUUGCUUGUACUUGUCUCUAAUGAGUCCUUGUCGCGUCAAUUGAUUGAUUUGAUGGCCCCCUCACGCCGUGACAGUUUUUCAAUGGCGCCUCCUAUUGAACCUCUUUGGAAUCCAGCAAAUAUAGCAUGUUAUGAUGAACAAAUAUUUGAAAAAGACAGACAAGAACUUCGGGCUGAUUUGCGUUUUGCUCAGAAAGAGGAAACUAAAAAGUCUAGAAAACGUGGAAAAUUGGUUGAUGUUCCUACCGAACCUUUAAAACAAACUAGACUUGAUUGUUUUGGUAUUGCUCCACUCGCUCCAAAAACUUCACAUAAAUAUGGAAAUGGUCAGAAUACUUUGAAGAAUCAAAGACGGAGUCCAAUGAUGAAUAUUAAACUGCCAUUAAUUCGAGAAGUCGUCCCUGAAGGAAUGUUACCUGAAGAUCCAUUUACUUCAUUUUAUGAACACGAAAAAGAUGAAAAAUCAAAUGAAGAAAAAGUCGAGGAUGAACAACAAAAGAAUUCACAAAACUCUAUUAUUUGCCUAGAAGAGGAUGAAGAAGGUGCAUCUACUUCACAUUAUUCCCCGCCUCUCCCACCAACUCCAGAAGAUGUUUGCUUUUUUUUUAUUUUUUAA